AUGGAAGAUUCUGAACUAAAUGCCAUCAGAGCGGCAAGAUUGGCUGAAUUGCAGAAGAGUUCUGGACAACCUUCGGAUGCGUCGUCUGCUAGAAAUGACGAAGCAAAGUUAUCUGUACUUUCGCAAAUAUUAGAAACAAGUGCAAGAGAAAGAUUGAGUCGGGUCAGAAUGGUACGACCAGACAGAGCAGAUGCUGUCGAAAAAUACAUUGUGAAGAUGUAUUCUAUGGGUUCGAUAGCCAGGAAGCUUACGGAGAAAGAUAUAGUGGAAAUCCUAGACGGGUUAUCUCGAGAUGAAAAGCAGCAUACGCAAAAUAAAAUCGUUUUCAAUCGCAAAGCGUCGAUUGAUGAUGACGAUGAUGACUUCUUUGAUUGA